UUGAUGGUUUUUGUUUUGGCUAUGGUAUUAUGUCUAGAUGUCAAGAAACGCGCACAAUCGAAAAUCGACUCAGUGGUUGGAAAAGAUCGGUUGCCAACGUUCGAGGACAGAGCAUCACUACCUUACCUUGAUGCAGUUUUGCGAGAGACUUUCCGAUGGCAGCCCAUUUCACCCCUUGGUAUACCACAUGCUACCUCGAGUGAUGACACAUACGAUGGCUAUUUCAUUCCAAAAGGCGCGAUCAUCAUGUACAAUACAUGGUCCAAUAUGUUUCUCACAGCUUUCCGGCACCCCAACGCAUCUCGUUUCAUACCAAAGAGGUUCAUCGACGUUGAUGGCGCGUUAACAAACGAUGAUCCCGCACAAUACAUUUUCGGCUUUGGCCGGCGUGUAUGUCCAGGGCGGUAUACUGCUGAUACCUUCGUGUGGUCUGCCCAUUGUGACUAUGUUGGCCACAUUGGAUAUCUCUUCUGUUAA